UGUAUCGUAUUGGUCAUAGAACUGACCAACAAACUGACUCUGAUAUUUAUUCUCUCUCUAACUUCCUCAGCUCCCUCGUCGCCGUCGUCGCCCUCGCCGGCCCGACGAUGAUGACGUCACCCAUCGCCGAUUUCUCCAUCCGCGCAAGACUCACGCUGAUUCCGAUUCUCACGCUCUUUCUCGUCAGCGUCUCUUCGAAUCCGGGAGUGUUCAACGUCAAGUACCGUUACCCAAGGCUCCAAGGCUCCCUCAGCGCCCUCAAGGAGCACGACGACAAGCGCCAGCUCACAAUUCUCGCCGGCAUCGAUCUACCUCUCGGCGGAACCGGUCGCCCUGACAUCCUAGGGUUGUAUUACGCGAAGAUUGGAAUCGGAACGCCUGCGAAGAGCUACUACGUGCAAGUAGACACAGGGAGUGAUAUCAUGUGGGUUAACUGUAUACAGUGUAGACAGUGUCCAAAAAGAAGCAAUCUUGGUAUUGAGCUGACACUGUACGACAUUGAGGAGUCAGAAAGCGCGAAGUUGGUUUCGUGUGAUGAGGAUUUUUGCUACCAGAUUAGUGGCGGUCCUCUCUCUGGAUGUAAAGCUAAUAUGUCGUGUCCGUAUCUUGAGAUUUAUGGAGAUGGGAGCUCUACUGCUGGCUAUUUUGUGAAAGACGUUGUGCAGUAUGAUAGUGUGGCUGGGGAUCUUAAGACUAAGACGGCGAAUGGGAGUGUCAUAUUUGGGUGUGGUGCUAGGCAGUCAGGAGAUCUCGACUCUUCUAAUGAAGAAGCACUUGACGGAAUACUUGGGUUUGGAAAAGCUAAUUCCUCAAUGAUUUCUCAGCUGGCGUCAUCAGGAAGAGUGAAAAAGAUAUUUGCUCAUUGCUUAGAUGGAAGAAAUGGGGGUGGUAUAUUUGCCAUUGGACGUGUGGUACAACCAAAAGUAAACAUGACACCAUUGGUACCCAAUCAACCACACUACAAUGUCAAUAUGACAGCAGUUCAAGUUGGUCAGGAGUUUCUAGAUAUCCCAGCUGAUUUAUUUCAACCGGGAGAUAGAAAAGGAGCAAUAAUUGACAGUGGUACAACCUUGGCCUAUCUUCCAGAGAUAAUCUACGAACCAUUGGUGAAAAAGAUAACCUCGCAGGAGCCUUCUCUGAAAGUUCACAUAGUUGAUAAAGAUUACAAAUGCUUUCAGUACUCUGGAAAAGUUGAUGAGGGGUUUCCGAAUGUCACUUUCCAUUUUGAAAACUCGGUCUUCCUCAGGGUUUAUCCGCAUGACUAUCUGUUCCCUUAUGAAGGAAUGUGGUGCAUUGGUUGGCAAAAUAGUGGAAUGCAAUCCAGAGAUAGGAGAAACAUGACACUUUUGGGAGAUUUGGUCCUAUCAAACAAGCUUGUUCUCUACGAUCUUGAAAAUCAGCUCAUUGGGUGGACUGAGUACAACUGUUCAUCAAGCAUCAAAGUAAAAGAUGAAGGAACAGGAACAGUUCAUCUAGUAGGCUCACAUUUCAUCUCUUCUGCAUUUUCUCUAGAUACGUCGUUGUUUUCACUUUUGUUACUCCUCCUCAUUACUCUUUUUCUCCUAUAGUAGAGACAACUUAUAGCUUCUCCUUUGUAUAUAGAUUCAACAUAUUGAUCGCAAAUGGUAAAAAGGUGGUCUGGAUAUAGAUAAUACAAAAAAAAAAACCAGUAGAUUGAUGAACAAA